UGUAGCGAUAAAUUUACGUGUAAUGUGUUAAAUGAUAAUUUGAUAUAUAUUAGUUUUUAAAUAUGUAUAAAACGGCCUAUUUGUUCAGUUCAAUUAUCCAUAUACCUAAUAGUCUUGAAGAAGAGUCUGAAACCUCGAAUAAAAAGGAUGAAUCAGACUCAAAUAAAGAAAAAAACGAUGUUGAUGAUGAAAAUAAUAAUACAGAUGGUCCAAUUCGCACUCAUCCAGGAAAUAAGGUUUCAUACUGUGUACACUGUAAAGGGAAAACAUUUUUAAAUCAAGAGUCAGUGGAUAAACAUCUAAGUAGUAAGAAUCAUCUAAAAAACGUGAAGAAAACUAAAAAGAAUAACGAGAAGGCGGAAGAGGCAAGAAAGAGAUUCAUCGAAAGGAUGGAUAAGAUCGAUAAAAGGAUAUGGAAACACAUGAAAUUGUGCUAAUAUAUAGUGUAAGAUU